AUGUCUCUGAAAUUCUUCCUUGUAUCUUCUAUUCUCAUUGGUUUGGUGACUGCAGGAUUGAUUAGAAAACGACGUGGAACCUAUGAGGAUGAAGCUGUGACACCAGCUGGAGGAGGUGCAAGUGUUGCUCCGAUGGCUGAGGAAUCCGCUGACACCGUUGCACCAGAAGGAGCUGGUGCUCAGGUUGGAGUGGAAAGUUCUGGUUACCGUAAGAAACGAGCGACACAGAACAGUUACGGAGAUGAAGCAUCUGCGCCAGUUGGUGGUGGAGCUCAAGUAGUAGUUGAUGUUUCCGAAGCUCCAGCUGUUACAGUGGACAAUGCAGGAGAAUCUCAAAGUGCAGUUGCAUCAAGCGGAUAUUAA